UCGCGCACGCCCGACUGCCCGAGGAAAACCCAAACCCUGAACCCUAGCUUGGCCACCCCCCUCUCUUUCGGCCUCCACUCUCCCCUCUCCUCGCCGCGUAGCCCCUCCCAAAUCCGCUCCUCCGCCGGCUCGCUCGUUUUUCCGGGAGAGGGGCAGCGAGGCUCGAAGAUGUCGUCCCUGCGGAACUCGAUUCCGCGGCGGGCUCACAAGGAGCGCGCCCAGCCGGAGUCGCGGAAGAAGUACGGGCUUCUGGAGAAGCACAAGGACCAUAUCCUCCGCGCCAGGGCCUACCAGCGCAAGGAGGAUUUCAUCAGGAAUCUGAAGGAGAAGGCAUCAUUCAAGAACCCAGAUGAGUUCUAUUUCAAGAUGAUCAACAGUAAAACCGUGGAUGGAAUCCAUAGGCCCAAGCCUGAAGCAAAUAAUAAAUACACCGAAGAGGAACGUAUGCUGUUGAAGCAUAAAGACAUGGGAUACAUCUUUCAGGCUGUUCAAAGUGAAAGAAAGAAAGUUGAACGGUUGAGCUCAACCCUUCACUCAGUGGAUGACAAGCGUUCAAACAAGCACAUUUACUUUGCGGAAGACAGAGAAGAAGCCAAAGAAAUACGAUCUAGGAUAGGUCAAAGCAGCAGUACACCUCAAUUUGGCAACAUCCCUUCUCGUAUAAAGAGGAAAACAGCUUCCUCCUACAAGGAGUUGGAAAGCAGGAAAGAAAGGGUUAAGAAUCUUGAGAAAUUGUAUGCGGACAUGGCCUUGCAAAAGGAACUGAAGAAACCUGGACGCAAAAGGAAGCUCCGUGAAGAAGAAAUUGUAAAUUCAGCAUCACAGACUGUUUACAAGUGGCGUGCGCAAAGGAAGCGGUGA